AGUCGUGAUAGAAGGGGGGGGGGUAGCAACGGACGCCUCCUAGGCUCGCCUUUCUCGACGUCCGCGGCGGCGCGCUAGUUUCGGUUUGCCGCUCCGACUUGACGGUUUCGUGUACACAGCAUUCGCUCGCUUCCACGUGGAGGUCGAGCUCCGAAUUGCUGUCAUUUGUUGUUGUUUGUUGUCGCACGCGCGGGUCUCGCGUAGUCGAGCGGCGACGUUAGAGCGAAUCGAUGUGUCACAUCGCGUUCGGUUUUCCGGAUCGCGGUGGCCGAGUGACAGUGAAUCAUCUUUCGACGAAUGGUGGAAUCGCAUUCCUUAGACGAUCGCGUACUUGCGACUGUCUUUACAGAGUGCAGUGACACAGUUUUUUUUUUUUUUGGUAAAAAAAACGCAUUCGCGCGAGUGAGACUCUCACACAGUGGGACAGUACGCGAAACAAAGUGAAAAAUAUAUCUGGGAUUUGGAUUACCUGAAGCACGGGAGAACACGGACGCGUUUGGGACCGUCGCUCGUUAAGUGAGAGGGGAACGACCGUUGUGUGGACAUCGCAGCCGGAGAACAAGAAUCAUCAGAAUCAUCAGUUUCACUUCGUGCCAAGCUUAAAGGUGAUUGCCAUCGAGAUACACAAGACGGAGCCGGAAUUCUCGCAGAGGCCUCGCUUUGCCUGGUGAAGGGCAAACGUUUAUCUGGGAGCGUCUGUCAACAAGCACCGACGAUGAGCUAGCGUUACCAACAUGCGUAGGAUGAAACAGCGCGUGCUGCACGCCUGGCCGUGGUUGUGGCUAUGGCUGUUCGCGGCCACGGCCGGCUCUUCGUCUUCCGACAUGACGACCAUUCUGCCGCCGCGUGGGAUCGGAGGUGGUGGUGGUGGUGGCGGCGGUGAUGGCGGCGGUGGUGGUUUUGGAUCGAUAAAAUCGUCGGUUACGUUGAUCGGCACCGCGACAACCCCACCGACCCCGAUCGAGGAUGACGCAAAUUCCCCGUUGAAACUCGAGUUCCGUUUCACUCAGCCCGUUUACAACGUCUCCAUUCCCGAGAAUUCUAUCGGCAAGACUUACGUCGCGCCCGAGGAAAGAAUGGGCAUAAAGCUCGCGUCCGCGGACAGUGACGUUGACAUCAGGUUUCGCAUAAUGAGCGGCGAUCGCGACAAGUUCUUCAAAGCGGAAGAACGCACGGUCGGUGAUUUUUGCUUUCUUUUGAUACGGACUCGAACCAGCAACGUUGACGUGCUGAAUCGGGAGCGCAAAGAUCGGUACGUGCUCGAGGUGCGCGCGACCUCGAGCAAACGCGACGGUAGGAACAGAGGGGUCACGCUUGAGGCGGACACCACGGUGAUAGUGACAAUUCUCGACACGAACGAUCUCAAUCCGUUGUUCUAUCCGAUCGAAUACGAGACCACCGUGACGGAAGACACGCCUUUGCAUCGCAGUAUACUCAGGGUAAUCGCCGAGGACGCCGAUCUCGGUAGAAACGGCGAGAUUUAUUAUAGCUUCGCCGAAGAGACCGAUCAGUUCGCCGUUCAUCCGGUCAGUGGCGUAAUUACGCUCACGAGGCCUCUCAGGUACGCGGAACGUGCGAUACACGAGCUAGUAGUUCUGGCGAAGGAUCGCGGCGCUCUGUUUCGUAGCGUGAGCACGAGCCACGCAAGCACGGCGAGGGUCACGAUCAGGGUACGUCAGGUGAACCUGUACGCGCCCGAGAUCUACGUGCGCCAGCUGCCUGACAUCGUUGAGAACUCGAACGCCGACAUCUACGCGAUCGUGCAAGUGUUCGACCGUGACAAAGGCGUACACGGCCAAAUUGCGAGUCUCGAUAUCGUGGGCGGGGAUCCGGCUGGUCACUUCAGGGUCCGGCCCGCUGGGGGACAGCGUUCCGACGAGUACAACAUCGAGGUGCUGCAUCUGCUCGAUCGUGAGACCGCGUUACAGGGUUACAAUCUUACGUUGCGCGCAACAGAUCGGGGGAUACCGCAGCGUUACAGCUACAAAUUCGUGCCGGUUCACUUAACCGACGUGAACGACAACGCGCCUGUGUUCAGUCGCGAGAUCUACGAAGUUAAAGUACCUGAAACGGCACCCGUCAACACGCCGGUUAUAGGACUGAAGGUCACAGACGCGGAUGAGGGAAGGAACGCGUUGGUUUAUCUCGAGAUUGUGGGCGGCAACGAGGGUGGCGAGUUUUACGUGAACGCCGAGACCGGUAUGCUGUACACGUCCGUCAAUCUGGACGCCGAGAAGAAGGCGUUCUACACGCUUACGGUAUCGGCGAUCGAUCAGGGUAACGCCGGUACGAGGAAGCAAUCGUCAGCCAAGGUUAAGAUUAACGUGGUCGACACAAACGACAACGAUCCGACCUUCGAUCAACCGGAAAUGGAGGUGUGGCUGGACGAGAACGAGCCGGCCGGAACGUCCGUCGUGCGAGUAACCGCGAAGGAUCGCGACUCGGGCGAGAACGCCUACAUAUCCUACAGCAUCGACAACCUCAAGAAGGUCCCAUUCGAGAUCGAUCAUUUCUCCGGCAUCGUCAAGACCAAACAGGUGCUCGAUUACGAAACCAUGAAGAGGGAGUACCUGCUGCACGUGCGCGCAAGCGAUUGGGGCCUGCCCUAUCGUCGUCAAGCCGAGAUGCAAUUGCGAGUUAGAUUGCGCGAUGUGAACGACAAUCGGCCGCAGUUCGAGCGAAUCGACUGUGUUGGUCACGUGCCGCGAUACGUAUCGAUCGGCACCGAGAUCAUAACCGUGUCAGCGAUCGACUUUGACGCCGGAAACAUAAUCAGUUAUCGCAUCGUGUCCGGCAACUCGGACGGUUGUUUUACCCUCGACUCGGCCAGCGGCGUGCUCUCGGUUGCCUGCGACCUAUCCGACAUCAAGGUCACCGAGAGAACGGUCAACAUCACCGCCACCGAUGGCACGCACUUUGCGGACGUCAAUCCCGUGCAUAUGCAUCUCGUAAACGCCAAGCGAAAUUUGGGCUCGCAAGCGAGAAUUCUGACAGAUGAGGCUGGCGCUUUCGAGUGCCACGAUACCGGUGUUGCGCGCAGACUGACAGACGCAAUCGCCUCGGCCGAGAGGAAUAAUAUGCCAUCCCGUGACGACGAGUACACCCUAAUACCGAGUCGUUACGGCGAAAACGUACACGCGCCUGAGUUCAUUGAUUUCCCGAACGAGAUACGGGUCAACGAAUCUCUCAAAAUUGGCACAACUCUCGUUCAGAUACGCGCUCGCGAUCGCGAUCUCGAUUACAACGGCAAGCUCGUAUUUGUUAUCUCAAGCGGCGACCGCGAUUCCGUCUUCGGCAUCGAUCCGGACACCGGCGACCUGAACACAAUUGGUUAUCUGGAUCGCGAGCGAGAGAGCGAAUAUUAUCUCAAUAUAAGCGUGUUCGAUUUGGGCAAACCGCAAAAAUCCGCUUCAAAGAUGCUGCCGGUUGUUAUUCUGGACGUUAACGACAACGCGCCUAAGUUUGAGAAGUCAUUGGCGAGUUUCAGAAUCUCCGAAACGGCUUUGAACGGCACCAAUGUGUGGCGUGCGAACGCAACCGACGCCGAUCUCGGUGACAACGCUCGGGUCACCUAUUCGCUCGUGACAGAGACCAACGACUUCCGGGUCGAUCCGGUGACAGGUGUUCUCAGUGUCUUUGGCAAACUCGACAGAGAACGGCAAGAGAUAUACGAGCUGAGGAUCCGUGCGCGCGAUAACGGUGGCAAGGGCGCCGAUAACCCGCCUUUAUAUUCCGAGGCGCUGGUCAGAGUGACGGUCGACGAUGUAAACGACAACGCGCCCAGAUUCGCUCUUUCGAGUUACAACGUCAAGAUUCGGGAGGACGUGCCGGUCUGGACCGUCGUGGCCGUUGUGGACGCUACGGAUCCCGACGAGGGCGCGGGCGGCGACGUUGAAUACUUUCUGUCAGACGCUAUGGAAAGCGAGGGCUACUUCAAAGUCGACAAAAUGUCGGGAACAGUGAGAACGACUCAGAGCUUGGACUUCGAAGAACGGCAGGUGCACACGUUGAUCAUAGUCGCGCGCGAUCGCGGCGAGCCGUCCUUGUCAUCCGAAACGAUGCUGAUAAUCGAAGUGGUGGACGUGAACGAGAAUCUGCACGCGCCGGUUUUCGACGAUUUCGUCGUAUCGGCGAGCGUUUUCGAAAAUCAACCGGUGGCCACCUUCGUCACCACGGUUCACGCGAAGGACGCGGAUCCUCCCGGCGGUGAUUCCAGAAUCGCGUACAGCAUCCGGGGAGGCGAUGGCGUCGGCAUCUUCUCCAUCGACAACGAAGGAAAUAUCCUAACUAAAGCCGCGCUUGAUGUCGAGACGAAGAGAGGAUAUUGGCUGACGGUCUACGCUCAGGAUCACGGUGUGGUUCCGCUGAGUUCGAGUUUACAAGUUUACAUCGAAGUGCUGGACGAGAACGAUAACACGCCGCUGACUGAACUUCCAGUUUACUAUCCCUCGGUUGCGGAGAACUCGCCCGCCGGCGUGAGCGUCCUGCAGAUCCGCGCCUUUGAUCGCGACGUCUCGCCCCAGCAAUUCGUCUUCACCAUCAGCAGCGGCAAUCCGGAGGGUUAUUUUCUCAUCAACUCUACCACCGGUCUCAUCACCACCAGCGGCAGAAAGCUCGAUCGAGAGAAUCAAGCGGAACACGUCUUGGAGGUGACGGUAAGGGACGACGGCAGACCUCCAUUGUCAUCGACCACGAGGGUCGUCAUCGAUGUGGCGGACGUUAACGACCACGGGCCCGAGUUCGAGCAGAAGUUUUACACAGUUCAGAUUCCGGCUUCGGCAACGACCGACAAGCCUCUUUUUCAGAAAUCGAGGAACCGCUCGGGGGAGUCCGACCUUUCGAGCGAUAUGUUACUAGAGAACGGGACUUGGGAGACAUUUAGCCCCGACACCCUGUCAGGAGAUCGUAUCUUCAGGGUUCUCGCUUACGACAAAGACAUCGGUGAGAACGGAAGAAUCCAGUAUAGUAUCAAGAGCGGUCGAGGCAAGGGCAAAUUUAGAAUUCAUCCGAACACGGGAAUGGUAUAUUCUGCGCGUGGGUUCGAAGCUGGUCAAGAAUUCGAAAUGAUGAUACGAGCAACCGAUCACGGGGAUUCUCCGCGUAGUCAUCAGACUCGAGUUUCCGUUCAGGUUGUAGAGGCGCCGAAAGAAUCGGAAAAUCCACCGGUGUUCAAGACAAAUAAUCAAAGCGUGGAAGUAACGGAAAGCGACAAGGCGGGAUUUCUGGUUGCUCUUGUGCAAGCUGCCGACAAAGACGGUGAUUCUUUGUGGUACGAUAUUUUAGACGGCGACAAACGCGACGAAUUCUUCAUCGGACGCGACAAUGGCAACGUGCUUCUGGCCAAGAGACUAGACUGGGAGACUCAGAACUUUUACAAUCUCACUAUCGGCGUAACGGACGGCGUGCACACGGCGCUGACACAGCUGCUCGUUACCGUGAUUGACAUCAACGAUCAUCGACCGGAAUUCACUGAGAACAUGUAUCACAUCGACAUCUCGGAGAAUGUCGAUAAGGGCGAGAAAAUUCUCCAGCUGCACGCGACCGACGAGGACGAGGACAAGAAGGUCUUCUACAGCUUGCACGCGGCGCAGACUCAAUCCUCUCUUGAGAUCUUCCACGUGGAUUCGGUUCUCGGUUCGAUCACGCUGAACGAGCCGCUCGAUCGGGAAACCAUUGAGGAGCACGUGCUGACGGUUAUGGUAAAGGAUCAGGGUACACCGGCCAAGCGUAACUACGCCCGAGUAAUCGUCACCGUGCACGAUCACAAUGAUCACGCACCCGAGUUCAUCAACGGGCUUGUUCAGGGCAAGGUGUACGAGGCCUCGCCGAUCGGCACAGCGGUUGUGCAGAUGUGCGCGAUCGAUCGUGACCGCGGCGAAAACGCCCGGAUCACUUACUCGAUCACGUCCGGAAACGCUGGCAAUGUGUUUGCCAUCGAUCCCGAUCUUGGUCACAUACGUGUCGCCCGCGAGCUCGAUCUUGGCGCCUCGUCAGAAUAUAUUCUUCUCGUGAAGGCGAACGAUCACGGGUCUCCCGCGCUGUCGAACAACGUGCCGGUGCAUGUGAUGGUGACAAUGGCCGACAACGCACCACCGCGGUUCAUCCAUAAGGAACUGUCGGCGGAGAUAUACGAGAACCAACAGCUGGGCACAUACGUGAAACACGUGGAGGCGAGAAGCACGUCGUCGCUGCAGUUCGAGAUAGUACGUGGUAAUCGCGACGACACGUUCUUCGUGAAUCCAAGCACAGGCGUGAUCGUCGUCAAGAAUCAGUUGGAUUACGAAAAGACCAAGUCCUACAAUCUAACGGUAUCGGCCACAAAUAUGGCCGGCGCGUCGGCCACCUGUAAUGUUAUCGUCCACGUUCUCGACAGAAACGACAACGCUCCGCGAUUUCUACAAGCGUUGUACAGCGGCGAGAUCAGCGAAGGUGCCAGCAUCGGUUCUUUGGUGCUGACCAACACAAGCGCGCCGUUGGUUAUCAAGGCCGAGGACGCGGAUUCCGAAUUAAAUGCGUUACUCAAUUACGACAUCGUCGAUGAUCUGCCGCGAAAGUACUUUCACAUAGAUUCAAGUACCGGUGCCAUUCGUACGGUAAUGGUGCUAGAUCACGAGACCAUACCAAUGUUUUCGUUUCACGUGAAAGUCUCGGAUCUGGGUAAACCGAAACUGUCGUCUGAAACCACUGCCAAAGUGGUGAUUGUCGUGACGGAUGUCAACGACUGUCCGCCCAAAUUUACCAAGACUGAUUACAAUGUUACGCUUCUACUGCCAACGUACAAGAACGUAGCUGUCAUUCGAGUGAACGCCGUGGAUCCCGACAGCUUUGAGGGAGCAGCGUUGAGAUAUGACAUUAUCGACGGGAAUAAGGCUCACACCUUCGAUAUAGAUGCUCAGAACGGUAUUAUUACGGUUAAUAAUCCAGAACGUAUGAAGAAGAACUAUCUUCUACAUGUACGAGUGUCAGAUGGAAAAUAUUCGAGUGUGGCGCAAGUGAACGUAAAUGUGGAGAAGUCGGAGAAUUCCGGUUUGAUUUUUCAGAAAAAUGUCUACGAGGGCGCGAUUUUAGAAAAUUCAACGAAAAUUACGACCGUGGUGGUGGUGAACGUUCUCGGUAGCUCGUUGAAUGAGCACAUUGUCUUCAGAAUUCUUAAUCCCACCGAUAUGUUUGUAAUCGGACCGACUUCAGGCGCGAUCAGAACCACCGGCAUACGAUUCGAUCGGGAAAUGUGCGAUCAUUACGAAUUAAUCGUCGAAGCGAAAAGUCAUCCGCCGGAUCGGGAGAAGCCUAGAGUGGCUCAUGUUAUAGUAAAUGUCACUAUACUUGACAUCAAUGACAAUUGUCCGAUGUUUGUUAAUCUUCCUUAUUACGCUGUUGUGUCCGUCGACGCUCAAAAGGGCGACGUUAUCACAAAGGUUCACGCGAUAGAUAUGGAUAGUGGCGAUAACGGCGAGGUGAGAUACGAAUUGAAGAAGGGUCACGGAGAACUGUUCAAGGUUUGCCGGAAAACGGGUGAAAUAUCGUUGAAGCAAAAUCUCGAAGGUCAUAAUCGCGAGUAUCAGCUUACGAUUGCCGCGUACGACGGUGGAACAACAACGCCUUGCUCCAUUGAGGUGCCAGUCAACGUGAAGGUGAUAGAUCGCUCGAUGCCGGUAUUUGACAAGCAAUUCUACACGGAUAGCGUGCUCGAAAGUAUAGAAGUACAUUCACCUCUGGCGUUAUCCAUUCAAGCUGAAUCACCGUUGAAUCGCAAACUCAUAUACAGCAUUACUAAGGGCAAUGAUUUUGAAGAGUUUGCCCUGGACUUCAACACGGCCCCCGACAGUAACAAUGGUCCUUGUGUAAUCUAUGUGGUGGAUGAACUGGAUUAUGAACAAAAGAAGCAGUACGAACUGACUGUACGCGCCACCGACAGCGUGUCGGGUGUUUAUGCGGAGGUACUCGUCAGCAUCCUCGUUCUGGACGUGAACGAUUGUCCGCCCGAAUUCACUCAGGAUUCCUACAAUAUCUCAGUGUCGGAAGCGGCGCCGUUUGGAACUUCCGUUCUGCGAGUUAGCUCGAGAGACAAUGACACAGGUAUAAAUCAACAAGUUCGUUACGCCAUUCAAAACGACACGGAGAAUAGCACAGAUCUCUUUCACAUCGAUCCGGACGAAGGUGUGAUAUUUCUCAAGCGAUCUCUGGACCAUGAGACUCACGAAUCUCAUCAUUUUACGGUGAUUGCUAUGGAUCGCGGCGUACCGAGUUUAUCGAGCACGGCUCACGUUUGGGUGACCGUAAUCGACAUGAAUGACAAUCCGCCAAAGUUCGAGCAACCCUCGUACACUUGUUCUUUAUCGGAACACGCCGAACGUGGUCAAUUCGUGACAGUGGUAUCCGCAAGCGAUCCUGAUUAUGUUGACGAGAAACUGACGUACACCAUUGUGGGUGGGAACGAGCAGCAGACAUAUAACAUCGACCAAUCAACCGGAAUCAUUUCGCUGAUCAAUAUGCAGAAUUUCGGCGAACAGAAGCUUAGCAUGCUCAACGUCUCCGUGACUGAUGGCGUCUACACCAGCUUUACCCGGGUCAAGAUUGAAAUUCUGCCGGCAAACCGUCAUAAUCCCAAAUUCCCGAAUCCAGUGGUCGAGGUAACUGUUCUUGAAAACCAACUGCCCGGUAGACUGGUAACCAGCGUGCUGGCCGUGGACGAGGACUUUGGCGAAUACGGCGUAGUGACGUACGCGAUAAUGUCGGAGAUGAUGAAAGAGAUAUUUGAUAUAAACAAACUCACCGGCGAGAUCGUGACGCGCAAAAAGCUCGAUCGAGAGAUCCAGAAACGUUACGAGAUACCGGUUGUAGCUAUGGACGGCGGCGGUAGACCGGGAUUUGUAAUGGUGCGAGUUAAAGUCGGCGACGAGAACGACAAUGCGCCUAUGUUCCUUAUCAGUGAAUACAAAGCAACUAUUCAGGGUAAUCUGUCUCUGAACACACCGUUUCUGAAAGUCAAAGCGCAGGAUCUAGACGAAGACGAAGCUGCGAAAAUAGUCUAUUCGAUCUAUGAGUUACAAACGUCGCCAGUUAGAUCUAUAUUCGGCAUAAAUCCCGACACGGGAGCUCUAUAUUUGCAGAAGAGCGCCGUGCCGUUGGAAAAUCAAUUGUUCGAAAUGUUCAUUCGUGCGGAAGACAAAGGAACGACCACGCAUCACGCCGAUGUUCCUCUCAGCAUCUAUAUAAUGGGUCCGCACGAUAUUCCCCCGCUGUUCGAGCGAAAAGAAGAUAAAUUCUUUAUAAGAGAAGACUCGUCUGUCGGCACGCCAAUUACAAAACUCAAAACCGUCACUAAUUGCACUGUGACGUAUCGCAUUGUGUCUGGCGACGAGGACAAUCCGCUCUUUACGAUCGAUUCUUCUGGCCAGAUUACUUUAGCGAGAACGUUAGAUCGAGAGCUAAAAGACAGUCAUUUGAUCGGUGUUCUCGCCGAGACCGAUUCCAGUCCGCCUCUCACAGCUCUCGCCGAGAUCUCUCUUCAAGUAUUGGAUGAAAACGAUCACGCGCCGAAAUUCGAGAGCAAUCCUUACGCGAUUACUCUGGCUGAAAAUAUAGAAGAAGGAACGUCUAUAUUGAAAGUUAUCGCACACGAUAAAGAUCUCGGUAGUAACGGUGAGGUACGUUAUUCUUUUGGAUCCGAUAUAGGAGAAUUAGCGAAUGUAUUCACUGUAGACGCUUACACCGGUUGGAUAUCAACGUUGGUUCAACUCGAUAAGGAGAAGCAACCGGAAUAUAAAUUUCAGGUUGUUGCCACCGACAAUGGGAAUCCGAAACACUUUGCGAGAACUUCGGUGCACGUCAAGCUAAAGGAUUACAAUGACAACGCGCCAGCGUUUGUCGACGAUCGUUACGAGGCCACGGUGAACGAAGAUGCUCUACCGGGAACAGUUGUAGUUAGACUGAUCACCGUUGACAAAGACUCGGACGUCAACACGCCUGUGGAAUUUUAUAUAACAUCCGGCGAUCCAAGAUCGCAAUUUCAAAUCAGAUCUACCGGCGAGGUGUACGUGGCGAAAUCUUUAGACAGAGAAACCAUCGAUCGUUACGAGCUUGAAAUUGUCGGUACUGACGGAAAAUAUGUCUUCGAAACCAAAGUUACGGUACAGGUUCUAGACGUUAACGACAAUCCCCCGUAUUGUCUUCGAUAUCGCUACAGGGAGAUACUUUCCGAGGGUUCGCAUCCUGGCACUUAUGUCUUAACUGUGUUGGCAACCGAUUACGACGACGAACCAAAUGCUAAACUACGAUUUUAUUUAACCGGUGACAAUAACGAUAAAUUUUCGUUAGAUAAAGAAACAGGAGUGUUGAAAACUGUCGGACAACUCGAUCGAGAGACGCAAGCCAAAUAUUCUCUGACGGCGCAUGUGCAAGAUCGAGACAAACCAACUUGGGAAUGCUCGUCUCAGUUGGAGAUUUUUGUUUCAGAUCUAAAUGAUAACACGCCAAAGUUUACUAUGCAAACUUACAGCAGCACAUUGCCCGAAGACGUGGAAGUCGGCACGUUAGUGACAAAGGUGCACGCUACGGACAACGAUAUCGGUAUCAAUCGGAAAAUCAGAUACGAAUUUAUUGAUUCUGCGGACGGUCAUUUUCUCAUAGCAGCGGAUAGUGGAAUAGUCACUUUAGCCAAACCUCUGGAUAGAGAAACCAAGGCCAUGUACAAUGUUACGGUUCAAGCCCUCGAUCAAGGUACACCACAGCUGAUGGGUGUUGCUUCGCUUAUCGUUAACGUGCAAGAUAUCAAUGACAAUCCACCUGAGUUCGCUUCCAAGGUUUAUUUCGCGAAAGUACCUGAGAUCUAUGCUGUUGGUACCGAGGUGGCUCGAGUGCUCGCCACUUCCAGAGAUACGGGAGUUAAUGCCGAUAUAUAUUAUUCGAUUGUUGGUGGCAACGAACACAAGAAGUUUCAGAUAGAUGCCAAGACAGGCGUCGUUACCAUUGUCGAACAAUUGGACUACGAACGGGCUCGCGAUUAUUUUCUUACUAUUCAAGCUGUCGACGGAGGUAUUCCACCGCUCAGCAAUCACGCCACUGUCAAUAUCACCGUCACCGAUAGCAACGAUAACGCACCGAUCUUUAGUGAAGUUUCAUACAGAGCGUUCGUAAGAGAAGACGCAAAAAUUGGAGAAAAAGUUAUACAAGUAUAUGCAAAUGAUCUAGACAGUGAAGAGAAUGGCAACGUGUCGUAUUAUGUAGAACGAGGCGACAGACAGAAGCAAUUCUCGAUCGACAGGAAAACCGGACAAAUAGCUGUCGCCGCUCCGUUGGAUCGAGAAGAAAUCGCAAACUAUGUGCUGGAAGUUCACGCGCGUGACAACGGCAUACCGAUGCUCUCGAGCUUCGUGAUGGUUAACAUCGAGAUACUCGACGCUAACGAUAAUCCGCCGUUAUUCGCUCUGUCAAAUUAUACGGCCGUUGUGCAAGAAGACAAACCGCUCGGCCAUACGGUUUUACAAUUCGUGGUGACCGAUGCUGACAUCGAGCCGAACGCCGCUCCGUACACGUUUGAUUUUCGAUCCGGGAACGAGGGUGACGCAUUUCGACUGGAGCAGGACGGUAGUUUGCGCACGGCGACGAAAUUUAACAACCGAGUAAAGGAUAAAUACGUAUUGCACGUACGAGUGUUCGAUAACGGUAGUCCGCCGUUGUUCUCAGACGCUUGGGUUGUAAUCAAGGUGAUCGAAGAGUCGCAGUAUCCGCCAGUUGUCACGCCUCUCGAAGUGAUCGUUAAUUCUUACAAAGACGAGUAUCCCGGUGGUGUUGUUGGAAAAGUUCACGCGACCGAUCAGGAUCAAUACGAUACGCUUCUUUUCAAUUUGGUGCCGUCCUUACCGAUCCCAAGUGAGCUUUUUCAAAUAGACAAGAUCGACGGAACUUUGGUAGCUUUGCCGAAUCUGGAUAUUGGCGAAUACAAGAUCAACGUCAGUGUGACGGAUGGUAAAUUUCAUUCGUAUUCUAUUGUGAAAAUUAACGUUGAUUUGAUAACUGACAAAAUGCUCGAGAAUUCGGUAAUAGUAAGAUUCCGGGAGGUCAGUCCGGAGGAUUUUAUGUUGAGCCAUCGCAAAGGUUUCGUCAGAACUGUUCGCAACUCAAUGAACUGUCGCCUCAAGGACAUUGUCAUCAUCAGCGUGCAACCGUCCACGGACGAAGUGAAUGUGAUAAAAUCGCGAGCUAUUCGUCAGGCGGUCCAUAACGAUCUCGAUCUUUUGUUUGCUGUGAAGAAAACGUCGAAUCCCGCGAGUACGUCGAAUUUCUACUCGUCGGAGAGCAUACGCGAAGCGUUGAACCAACACGUGGAGGAACUGGAAGAGUCGACGAAGUUGGUCGUCGAGGAGAUUGUUAGAUUUAAGUGUAACAAAGGUUACUGUUUCUACGGCGAUUGCCAAGACAAGAUCGUUCUCGAUCCUACGCAGAUCAUGAUCGUGUCCACCGACGUGAUGAGCUUUGCGUCGCCGCGACACAAACACAAGAUGGAAUGUAAUUGCAAAGAAGGUUACGCCGGCAGUUAUUGCGAAGUGGUGGUAAACGAGUGCGCCAGAGAUCCUUGUCCUCUGUUCAAAGUUUGUGUGCCGGACUCGUCCGUGCAAGGAUACUCUUGCCAAUGUCCGGAGGGAUUCGCGGGUCAGACCUGCGACAUCGACAUCUCCAAGUGUCACGACGAAUCGUGUUAUAUUCCACGAAAUCCCAUAUCUUUUAGCGGCAAGAGUUACGCGCGUUACAAGAUUGACAAAGCAUUGAUACGACAAACAAUCGAGGAUCGUCUCAGUUUGUCAUUAAGAAUUCGAACGAUGCAACCAACCGGCAACCUGAUGUACGCAGCUGGAAAGGUGGAUUACAAUAUCUUAGAGGUGGUUAACGGUGUGAUACAGUACAAAUUCGAUUUGGGUAGCGGCGAAGGUCUGAUUAGGGUGAGCAGCGUAUACGUUAGUGACGGUCAGUGGCACGAGAUUCAACUUGAACGAGAAAGUAACAGCGCCCGAUUGACCGUGGAUGGGAAACAUAUUGCUCAAGGUUCCGCACCGGGUAUCAACGAUAUCUUGAAUCUACAGUCGGACGAUUUGUAUCUGGGCGCUGAGGUGAAACAACAUCCGACAAUCAUCGGUUUCGAGGAUGUGCAACGUGGUUUCGUUGGCUGUAUGGACGACGUUAGAAUCGCUCGGGUAUCCGUGCCGUUGCAUAUGAGCGGCGCCAGCAGCGUCGCGAUACUUAAACGUUUCGCUAACGUUGAAUUCAGUUGUGACACGGCCACGAUCUUGGUGCCACCGGGUGUUUGCGGCUCGCAGCCUUGUCAGAACGGUGGCACUUGCAAAGACAACGGUGGCGAUAGCUACGAAUGUCAGUGUCACAGUCGAUUCACGGGUUUUGCCUGUGAAAUUGACACGGAUCCGUGCGCCUCGUCGCCCUGUUUGUACGGCGGACGUUGCAAGAUCGUGCCGGAGGGUGGCGAUUACACGUGCGAGUGCGUUGGAUCGAGCUUAAGCGGCAAACGAUGCGAGUUCGGCAGAUAUUGCAGUCCGAAUCCGUGCGUUCACAGCGGUGUGUGCGAGGAGGGCAACAACGGUCCGAUAUGCAAGUGUCAGGGCUUUACCGGCGAACGCUGCGAGACAGACGUGAACGAAUGCGACGCGAACCCUUGCACCAAUGGCGGCACUUGCGUCAACGAAAUUGGCACGUACAGGUGCAUCUGUCCGCCGAACAUGACUGGACUGAACUGCGGCAACCCGGCCUUUUCCACGCCGAUCAUAUCAGGUCACUUCAACAUCACUUGGGACCAUCUCAUGUGGAUUGGGGUCGCGGUGCUGCUUAACAUAUUAUUGCUCAUCAUUAUAUUCUUUACUUAUCGACGAAUCAAGAUGAAACGGACCAGAGCGCGCGCCAACAACAUUAAUAACGAGACCCGGAAACAGAUCGUUUUGAAUUCCGCGAGACCGCACGAGCACGAGUUCAAGCGCAGCUCGAAGCUGAGCAAUUUGGAAGUUAUACAGAGAGAACCUCCCCAAUGUCCCCCUAGACCCGCCUCCUACACCCCGAGCUCGAAUAACGAGCCGGUGACAUACGGUAAUUCGGCCGCGGUGGCCUUAAACAACUUGGACACCUUGCGCAGCUACGGUAGCGCAGGCGACGAGUUAGAGAACUUUCCGCCGGAUUAUUUGCGAAAUCUGAACCGCAGUACUCCCGUACCACCUCCGUCCCUGACCCUCGCUAAUCCGGUCGGCGGGAACGCAACUGGUAGUGACACGGACAGUCUUCACAAGCCCACUUGGCAGGAACAGAUGCAGCUGGCUUCCUUCAUAACCGAUACUACUAAGAUCAAGAACGACCUGAAACGAGCGAGCCCAGUGGUACCGGAGCUGACCACUGGAGGACUUCUAUUAAACUCUUCUCGACGGACGCCUCAUGCGGUUGGGUCUUCCGUCGCCUCCGUCACGUCCAUUGAGGAUGAUCCUCGCAUCGUUGGCGGAUAUCACUGGGACUGCUCAGACUGGGUCAGGCCGAGUCAGAAUCCUUUACCCAAUAUCACGGAGGUACCUGGCAGCGAGGUUCCAGACUCGUCCAGCUUCCACAGCAACGAGAGUAACGAAUCCAAUACGCAUCAGUUACCAACAAUACACGGUCCGGUAGACCCAACGAGGGAUAUCGAAACUCUGAAUGAGGAUCAAGAAUCGGAAUAUGUCGGUGAUUCCGAAUGCGGGACCGAGUUCUCGGAGCAGUAUCAUUGUACGGAGACGCAGCGUCUCAAUCCUCUUGACAGCGGCGGUGAGGGAGAAUACAAAUACAAGAGCUCCGAGAGCUAUUUGCGUCAUCCAAACUCGUAUUUACCGCAUUAUAAUAUCCAUACCGACACCGAGAACGAGACAAACCCGCUUAACGGCCGUCUCAGCACUCUCGAGUCCGACGAAGAAGAAGACGAUGUAGUGCCUUAUGGUUUCCCUAGCACCCGCCGUAACCGAUGCCACAAGGUGGUCGAGGAGGACGAGAUCGGAUCUGUUAUCACCACGCUAGAGGAAAGAAAUUCAUUGCUGGGCGGUGCUACGAGCAACAGCGAUCUUUCUACGAAUCUGUGCGAGAUCGACGAUUCCGAAUACGAGAUCGCGGAUCAGAAGAGCAAUGGGCGCCUAUGGUUGUCGGGAAACGGCAUCACGCAGACCUCAGUGUGACAAAUGAUGGUGCGCAAGUGUGAGAAUAAACUGAUGCGUGCGGAAGCACGUUUUUCAGUGUUUCUACGUUCGAGACGCGCGGAUGUCUGUGAAUACGCCAUUUUGUACAUAUAGGGGUGUUAUAGCCAUAGAAUAAAAAAAUUAUCUGUACAGGCAGCUAUGGAGCUCUAAGAAAAGGUGUGUGCAAACUACUUUACGUGUUUCGACGCAUGUCGCACAUAGGAUCUGAAAUUGUCGCGAAAAAUACAUUGCGCGCCUCAAAUCUCUUCCUUCUCCGCGGGUAGAGUUCAAGCAUCAGCGUACUUAAUUCCGCAAACUUAUUGCACGUCACAUGCUGAAAUAAAUAAAAAUUUAUUUCUUUUUUUUUUUUAUUUAUUUUCUGCUUUGGUUUUUAUGUAAUUGCCAAAUAUGUUUAUUUUAUGGUUUAAUAGUUGGAUAGAUAAUCUCAAACAAUUAUAAGCUAAUCACUGUGUGUUUUGUCUUUACUUCUAUUACCACCAUAAAUUUGUUUGGUUAAACAUAAUGUAAUAUCCUUUUGAAUUUUACAUUAUGACGUAAACUGUAUUCUUUUGACUCUCUACCAAGGAGAUGAGAUUUUACUAGAGACAGAGAUAGAUCGCGGCAAAAUAUGAACAUAAACAAAUGCGUAAAAAAAUUUAUAUUGAUUAGAGAAAAAGAUUCAUUAUACUCAAGCAAGAUAAAGUUAAUCACGACCGUGCGUCAGACCAAUGACUAUUGUUUAAUGACCUAUCGUUUAAAUUUAACAUGUUAAUCCAACAACUAUAAAUUUCAGUGCAAAAGAUAUAUAUAUAUAUAUAUAUAUACAUAUUAGGUACAUUUAUGUAUUUUUACUAUUUGCUAACUGACUUUAUUUUGGUUACGUAUAAAUAAACCAACGGACUACUUAAUAACGCAUAUAUUGAGUAAAAAGUAGCAAAAAACUAGUGUGUAAGUAAGUGGACUCUAGUGAAAAAAAAAGCAGCCAUUGUCUCCGCGUUGGACAAUGUGUAACAACAGGCUGCGCGCGUCUGUUGCAGUGUGAAAGACGCAAAGUUAUAAUAGUUAAAAAGAAUAUAAAAUAUUUUUACUGUGAUGAUAAUAAUGUUUAUACGAUGAUCAAAUAUUAUAAUGUGUAUUAUAUCAACCGCAACGUUAAUUAUUCAACGUUUUAUAACAGAAAUUGAAAAAAAAAAAAAAAAAAAAAAA